CUUUUGUCCUAAGCCGGCUAACUUCUUAUUCCUGUUUUCUUUCUGCAAAUGACAGCUACUCAUUGUCAAAGUCUUCAUGUGUGCUUGGACGGCCCUUUACAAUAUUUUCAAAUUACUCACCAAAACUCAAACAACUUUUGCAUGCAUGAAGCCUUUUCUCUCUUCUAUAUAAGGAGACCAUCUUAUCAAUCAGAAAUAAACAUAUUUCUUCUCUUCCAAUAUUUUCUCCUUGUAGCUUCUGUUCUUUAGUUCUUGAAAUGGCUAAGCACUUUCUCCUGCUGAAUCUAAUAGCAGUACUAAGUUUCUGCUGUGUUGUGUUAGCUUUUGAGCCAAGUCCAUUGCAAGAUUUCUGUGUGGCUGAUCCUGCUGGCACAGCUAAGGUGAAUGGCUUAGCUUGCAAAGAUCCCAAAUCUGUUGGAGCAGAUGACUUUUUCUUCAGUGGCCUACAUUUGGCUGGAAACACAUCAAACACUUUUGGCUCUAAGGUCACUCCUGCCAAUGUAGCUCAAAUUCCAGGAUUGAACACUCUAGGUAUAUCACUGGCUCGCGUUGACUAUGCACCAUGGGGAAUUAAUCCUCCUCACACUCACCCAAGAGCUACUGAGAUACUCACAGUCCUUGAAGGUUCUCUUCAAGUUGGUUUCGUAACUUCAAAUCCUGAAAAUCGCCAUAUUACUAAGGUCCUUAAAAAAGGCGAUGUGUUUGUUUUUCCAGUUGGACUUGUUCACUACCAACGCAACGUGGGAAAUGGAAAUGCUGUUGCUAUUGCUGCUUUGAGCAGUCAGAAUCCUGGUGUUAUAAGCAUUGCCAAUGCAAUUUUUGGAUCGGAACCAGCUAUAGCAACAGAUAUUCUUGCCAAGGCUUUUCAAGUUGAUGCCACUGUUGCUGCUCAGAUACAAUCAAAAUUUUGAAGCAGCAAGACUACUUACAAACAGACCUAUGGAAGCUCGAGAGCAUUUGUUUCUUGUGUGCCGUGAUAAAGGAGUGAGAUUUUUAUUCAUUUACUGUGUGAUUCGUCAACAGAUAUUCACUAGAGGAAUAUCUGUAUCAAUUUAUUUGUUCUAGAACUUUUAUGUGGUAUGCACUUUGAUUUCAUUCUUCACUUAAUUUCUUGAAAUUGAAAAGUUUAUUAGUAUCUGAAUGGCCCAAAAUGUUGUGAUGAGAUGAUUAACUAGAAAAAAUAGAUACAAAAUACAAGUCUUGAUCCUUUUGAGGAACUAUAGUAAGUUUGAGUCUCUCGAACUUUUCAUAUGUCAAGAACCAAAUUUGUCAGUACUCUUAUCAGCUAGAACAAUCACCGCGAUCACCUCAAAAUCAGCCUACAAUCCAAACAAUGAACUCUCACAUGCACAGUGACAUCAGUUAAUAGAGAGUAACUUUUGUUAUAAGAUAACAUGUUGUCCAUUGCUUUCUAGUCUUCAUGACAUCAGAUGGACUUCUUCAAUAAACUGUACCAUAGAUAAUGUGAAAAAUUAUGUAUAUAUCAACAUGAUUUGAAUUGCAACACAGUCUUUAUGACUUGCUACAUCAUUUAAAUAGUUCAACCAAGUCAAUCAAAAGGUAAUACCUACUGUCUUCAUGAC